AUGGAGGCAGAUUCUAAACUCAACGAUUUGCUAGAGAAGAGUCGGAUAGAUCGCGAUUCUACUGUGGACGGUCUCGUUUCAUCAAUUGAAGAAGCCAUUGAUGCUAUACCUGAAGUUACUUCGGAAUUAGCUCCCAGCUUCGUUAGCGAGAUUGGAGCUGAUAAAGUUGAAUUCAUCUUCAAGAAGCCUAAUGGUUUCAGACCCGUCGGCAGCUACUCCACUCGUUGUAUGGCAAAGCCUGAUGCUUCUGUUGAUCUUCUCCUCCACUUGCCUAAGGAAUGUUUUCAUGAGAAAGAUUAUAUGAAUCAUCUAUACCAUGCCAAGCGAUGUCUAUAUCUUUGUGUACUUAAGAACCAUUUGUUGUUGUCAUCGUCUGUUGAGAAAGUUGAAUGGUCAGCCUUACAGAACGAGGCGAGGAAGCCAGUCUUAGUUGUUUUCCCAGCUAAGAAAGUUGAUCACUUACCUGGAUUUUCCAUAAGAAUAAUACCUUCAGCAAAAUCACUGUUUGAUGUUGCAAUGCUGAGUAUGAGCAGCAACAACCUCCCUUCUGUUACUGCAGAUGGUGACUCUCUGCCCACGCCCACUUACAACUUAAGCAUAUUGGAGGACAUGUUUCUGGAGGAAAAUUCUAAUCUUCUCGAGAACAGAUUAUCUCAGUGGAAAGCGUUGCCAGAUGCUUUGAUAUUGCUAAAGAUAUGGGCUAGACAAAGGAGCUCGAUAUACGCCCAUGACUGCUUGAAUGGCUUUUUAAUCUUCGUGAUAGAGAAUAAGAAAUUCAAAGAGUUGUUCCCUGUUCUUAUAUGUGAUCCAUCUACACACGUGAAUCUGGCUUUCCGGAUGACCAGUAUUGGACUCCAUGAGCUCCGACAUGAGGCUUCGUCAACUCUUACACGUAUGAAACUCAGUGAUGGAGGAUUCGAGGAGGCUUUUAUGACCAAGAUCGACUAUCCUGUUAAAUAUGACCAUUGCAUACGGUUACACCUAGAAGGGAAAAUAGCAGAACCUACGUCAGUGUUUUGUUUGGACAAGGAAUAUUGGAGAAUUUAUGAGCAGAAAGUGCAUAGCCUGCUGGAACAAGGACUUGGUGACAGAGCAAAAUCAAUCCGUGUUGUUUGGAGAAAUGCCAAUCAAGGCUCGUAUGUUGAAGAUGGCUUGUCAGUUCUUGACAGAGAACCACUUUUUAUUGGCAUAUCUAUCAGAUCAACCGAAAAUGCGUUUAGAAUGGUUGAUAUUGGACCAGAUGCUGAUAACAAGGAAGAGGUACUCAAGUUUCGAAAAUUUGGGGGGGACAAGUCUGAGCUAAGGAGGCUUGAAGAUGGAAGAAUAGCGGAAUGCACAGUCUGGGAGACUCAGCAGUGGAGAAGGCAUCUUAUCAUGAAACAAAUGAUUGAGUAUAUCUUUGAGCGGCAUCUUUCACUCUAUUCCGAUGAUAUUGUUCAAUUGGUUGAUCAACUUGACUUCUCUCUGCUCUACGGAGAUAAAGACCCAACAUUUGGAAAUUCGCUUUAUGUCUUCAAAGUUCUCUCAAAGUGCUUGCUUGAGAUCAAAGGCAUUCCUCUAAACGUUUCUGGCAUUCAGCCUUUAGAUUCAGCUCUUAGGCUCACAUCGGUGUUCCUCCUGAACCUCACCCACUGGUUUGCGUGA